GAGUUGGUACCAGUCAUGGCAGUCAUUAUGUUCCAGGCGGCUCUGCUCAGCUUCCUCUUCUGCUCCGUGCAGAGCCACAGCAUCCCGGAUUCAUUUGAAGAGGUUGAGGAACACUCUUGCAACAGCAUUGAGGACGAGGACGUCUCUGUGUCCACCCUGUUAGAGAGAGCAAAUAACAAUGUUGAAAGGGGCUUAGAUGAGCCUCCAGUUGUGGAAGGAGACAUCGCCAUACCAACAGGCCUGCAGAAUGCUGAUCAAUGCACACAGAGAGGCUGCCUGUGGCCCAAAUCCAGAGAUGGCAAUGUCUAUGUACCCUACCGCAUCUCCAACCAGUACUCUACAAGAGAGAGGAACACCAUCAUCACAGGUCUUCGCUCGUUUGCUGAGUCCACCUGCAUCCGCUUCACCCCCCAGAGCAGAGAACAGGAUUUUGUCGACAUCCAGUCUAGAUCAGGGUGUUACUCGUAUAUAUCCAUCACCACUGCUCGGGACAAGGGCAGAAUCAAGACAAGUCAAGUCUGGGAACAUGCACUGGUGCCACGUGCUGCUGCAUCCAUGACACACCAGGACCACCAUUGUUGCUGGAUGGCUACCGCUCAGUCAGACAACCAGUCCAAGGGCAAAAUGAAGUGUAUCAUUUGCUCUGUUGAGCAGGUGAUUGGCUGUAUGCUACAUUCCUCCACGACCUACUUUGAGAUUGAGAAACCCCUGGGAAGAGCUUAUGGAGUCAUGAUGUCACUACAGCCUGAGUGCAGAGGACCACAGAAGCUAGAGAAGGCCAUGUUUCACCUGGCUGCAUUCUUUUGGCUUCCCUCUUUUUGGCGCUCGUUUUACCUCAAAUACUUUUCCUGGCCCAACUCUACAUUACAUGGAGAAUGGGUAUGGGUGGUUUUGACCCAGCAGCCUUCUGAUUUGGAUACAGGCUUGGCCAACACAUUGCCCACCUCUAUCACUGGACAAAUUCCAAUGAAACAAACCUUUUUGUGUGUGUGUGAUUCCCCUGCAGGGCUAGAAGGGCAAUUCCAGAAGAAAAAUACAAGGAAUCUUGACACACCAUAUGACUACGGCUCUGUCAUGCACUAUGGAAGGUACACUUUUUCGAGGAACCGCCAGCCGACCAUCGUUCCCAUCCCUGAUAAUGACGUAGCAAUCGGCAGAGCGACCCAGAUGAGUCCCGUGGACAUCGUUCGGGUUAACCGCCUUUACAGCUGCAAUUCAACUGCACAAAAACCUCAAUGGUAAACAAAUGAGAGGAGUCAAUUCUUCCUCAGCUCACAGUAAGUGGAAGAAUUAUUUUCUGAGU